AGCAAGCUCAGCACGCGGUACGCGCUACGCACGCACCGUUCGCCUCUCGCAUCACUCGUUUCUCUUCGCAAUGAGCAGCGCAACCGAGCAGAAGAUGAGCUGGGGCCACAAGUUCAGGAGCACCUUCAAGGGCAAGAGCAAGACUGAGGCGAAGGCCAAGCAACAGAUCAGCGAGGCCUCCACCGCCGUGCAGGACUCCUUGCCCACCUCGGAGGCGGCCCAGGAGACAGUGAACCAGGCGACCGUGACAGCACAGGAGACGGUGGAGCAGGCCGCCAAGACCACGCAGGAGAUGGCGGCCAGUGCCAGUGCCACUGCUCAGGAAAGCGCCACCAACGCCGCUGCCGCAGUGCAGGACGUGGCCAGCGACACCGCCGCCGCGGCGCAGGUGACCGCAGACAGCGAGGACAAGGACAUGGAUCUGGGCGUCACCUUCACCGGCGACCACUCGCCGACCAAGGCGGGCGCCGCGGCGGCGUCCGACGCCGCCGCGGCGGUGCAGCCCGGCGCGGCCGCCAGCAGCUGGAUGGAUCAGAUGAGGGAUGGCUUCCACCAGGGCUUCAACAGCGUGAGCGAGAAGACCAUGCAAGGCUACGAGGCGGCCAAAACGAUGAUCAACGGCCCUGAGACACAGAGCUGGACCCAGUCGCUGAAGGAUGGCUUCAAUCAGGGUGUGAGCACUGUGUCCGAGAAGACCUCCCAAACCUAUACGGCGGCGAAGGAGUACAUGGCUGGAAGUGGCAGCGGUGCGGCGUCCGGUGCGGCGUCCUCCACCACCGACACCCAGGAAGUCGUCGCCAGCUGGGCCGAGCGUUUCCAGAGCAACUUCACCAUGUGCCUCUCAACGGUGCAAGAGAAGACCGCACAAGGCUACGAGGCGACCAUGGAGCUGGUCGUGGGCAAGAAUGAUCAACCCUUGGCAGAGUCUCAAGUGGAGGACGCCCUGGCCUCGGCGCAAGCCGCCGGCGAGGCUGUGGCCACCGAGACCUCCCAGGCGGCGAAGACCGCCGGAAGUGAGACGGAGAAGGCGCUCGAGACCAGCAAGGGAAUGAUGCAGGAAGGCGCCGACCGUGCCGCAGCCGCCCUGAAGCCGAAGAGCGUCAAGGUGGGUGGCGCCUGAAGCACCGCAGGCUGAGUCUCCAGUGUAUUGGAACUUAUACAGAAGUCGCCAUCGAUGGCUAUGGCGCUUUGCAGUUCGACGAGCUCGAGCAAAUUCACAGCCGCCACUCAUGUGGCAUUUUGGCAACAGUUUCCUUGACCAGAGAGUACUCCGGGCGGUUUCAUGUCCGUUUACAGAUCUCCAUCCUCUGUGUUUUGUCGUG